UUAAUAAAAAAAAGGGAAGUGAAAGAAAGGUGAAAAUUUUAUAGCGAAUUAUCAAUGGCUUUGUCGAGGCUCCGGCAUCCGGUGAUCUGCCGAGCUCCGUUGCUUAUCAAAGCUCGAUUUAUCUCCUCCACAUCUACUCGCCCAUCCCUCAAUCGGGGGCUAAACUCUAGUACUGAUGUUGCAGAAUCAUUAUUAAGCAGGCCAAUAUCUACUUCUUUCGUCAAUGGUGUUCGUAAUGAUUCCUCUAAGAUUAAGUUUCGAAUUGGUGUUCGCAACUAUUCAUCUGCAGGUCUUCCUGAGCAUACAGUACUUCAAAUGCCAGCUUUGUCACCUACAAUGAAUCAAGGCAACAUCGCCAAGUGGAGAAAGAAGGAGGGAGAUAAGAUUGAAGUGGGGGAUGUGAUUUGUGAAAUAGAGACUGACAAAGCUACCCUGGAGUUUGAAUGUCUUGAAGAAGGGUUUCUGGCUAAGAUACUGGUGCCUGAAGGUUCAAAAGAUGUACCUGUCGGACAGCCUAUAGCAAUUACAGUAGAGGAUCAAGAUGAUAUAGUCAAUAUUCCUGCAACCAUUAGUGGGUCAGAAGCCGAAGAGAAACCAUCCAGCGAACAAACCCUAAAACAAGGAGAAAGUAUACAGGAAUCAAGUUCUGUGAAUAUCGGCACAUCCGAACUUCCUCCUCACAUUGUGCUUAACAUGCCAGCACUAUCACCAACUAUGAACCAGGGUAAUAUUGCGAAGUGGCUGAAAAAAGAAGGCGACAAGAUUGAGGUUGGUGAUGUUAUUUGUGAAAUUGAAACUGAUAAAGCAACGCUGGAAUUUGAAAGUCUUGAAGAAGGGUUCUUGGCCAAAAUUUUGGCUCCAGAAGGAUCAAAAGAGGUGGCUGUGGGCCAGGCCAUUGCAAUAACUGUUGAGGAUGCUAGUGACCUUGAAGCUAUUAAAGCAUCUGUUACUGGUGAUCUGACUGUGAAAGAUGAAAGGCCUGUCUCGCAAAAUACUUCAAAGGAUGUUAAAACUCAGAAAAUAAGUUUUAGUCGAAUUAGUCCUGCUGCAAAGUUGCUAAUUUCAGAACACGGGUUAGAUGCAUCAUCAUUAACAUCAUCUGGACCCCGUGGCACUUUGCUAAAAGGGGAUGUUUUAGCUGCCAUUAAGUCUGGAAAAGGAUCUGUCAAAGUCUCGGGUCAGCAAGAGAAAAUUUUGUCGUCACCUCCAGUCCACUCUCAAACUUCUUCUUCCGGGCAAAUGGUAUCAAAAUCCACUGUACAGGAGACAGGUUCUUAUGAAGAUCUGCCAAAUAGUCAAAUUCGCAAGGUAAUAGCAGCACGGUUAUUGGAAUCCAAGCAAUCCAUACCUCAUUUAUAUUUAUCAACAGAUGUUGUACUGGAUCCUCUUCUCUCAUUCAGAAAGGAACUAAAAGCGAAGUAUGAUGUUAAAGUCUCCGUAAAUGAUAUUGUGAUUAAAGCGGUUGCUGUUGCAUUGAGAAAUGUACCAGAAGCAAAUGCUUAUUGGGAUGCCAAAACCGAUGAGAUAGUCUUAUGCGAUUCGGUGGACAUAUCUAUUGCAGUGGCUACAGAGAAGGGCUUGAUGACUCCGAUAAUUAGGAAUGCGGAUCAGAAGUCUAUAUCAUCAAUUUCCUUAGAGGUUAAGGAACUCGCUGAAAAAGCACGGGUUGGAAAGCUUAAGCCAAAUGAAUUCCAAGGCGGCACUUUCAGCAUCUCAAACUUGGGAAUGUUUCCCGUGGAUCAUUUUUGUGCAAUUAUAAACCCACCCCAGGCUGGUAUUCUUGCUGUUGGUCGAGGCAAUCAAGUUGUUGAACCCGUUAUUGCAGACGAUGGGACCGAGAAGCCUGCUGUUGUUACAAAGAUGCACUUAACAUUGUCUGCCGACCAUCGCGUUUUUGACGGAAAAGUUGGAGGCACCUUCAUGGAAGCUUUACGCUCAAAUUUCAGUGAUAUUAAGAGGCUACUUUUGUGAUGGCAUAUAAGUUAUUUUCACUGCCGUAGGAAAUUUCGUAGAUCAUAAGCUGGAAUUUCAGAAAUGGUCUAGAUUGAUCUUCUCUUCUCCUAGAGCUCGGUGCUGAUUCUUCUGUUGUGCAAUUUACCUUCCCAUACUAAUUUUUGACUGAUUAAGUUCCAUUUUUUGGGGCAAAGCACACACAUACGUUAGACUUUGCACAUAUUUCGGCAUAAAUUGCUCCCUGAGUUUUUUUUUUGUUCGACUACAAAGAUCAAUCGUGAUCUUGCUUGUUUCUUUUCUCCUGUAAAAAUAAAAUAAAAUGACGAACACGAGAGAUACUCAUCUCGUCUGUUCUCUGCCAAUAAAUUGAUCUCUCACUCGUUCUUGUUUGAAGUGUUAA